ACCUAAAACGGAUCUCAUGAAUGGGACAACUUCUACUCAUUUCUCCAGAAGAAACGGAGAAAUGGUUAGGGAAAAAACUCAUAUAGACAUUUAUUUUGUGAACUGUAUGAAGCCCACUACAGUAUAAUUGAAAUAAUAUGUUUGUGUUAUCCAUUGACUUUCUGUAUGUGUGUCUGUGUGUGUGGUGUACAUACAUGUAUGUGACUUGUGUGUGUAGCCCAAGGCUGGUGUCAACUGUCUUUCUCAGUUUCUGUCUACCUUAUGUAUUGAGGCAGGCUAGGAGUCCCAGAUGGAUUUACGUUUAACAAAAAGUUUUAUAGCUAGCAACUUUUGUUUCUAUGCAUACGAGUUGUGCUUGUGGUGAAGUUACCCACACAGGAGUCUCUGUUUUGUGUUGUUAGCAGUGGCCGGCCUGUAUGAAAAGAAGCUAAAAUUGCUUGCAUCCUUGUGAUUAUAUGUGUCCGUGCUCAGUUUCUGUUCGUGGGGUCUGAGUGACUGUAUAGUAUACUACAUCAGAGGAAGUAGCGUGCUUCCUUAGCAACGGACCUAUAAUGCAUUUGGGACUCUGACCAUUUCACACCCAGUAGCCUGAGAAGUGGCGUAAGAAUUGCCGUCACUGUCAGUCCUUCCUUCUGCAGCCUCGACCCCCUUCUUUGAUACAUGCUUCUCAGUAGUACUUGAUAAUCACUGCAGGAGAACUAAGUACUUUGUGACACAGCACUAGGGUGUGAUUUUAGGUGGUAACCUUUGAUAAGCCAGAAAGACAGCACAUUCCCUUUUCGGUCAUGGUGUUCUUCCCACGUGCGCACAGGGCAUAAGGUGCACUUUGAUCAGAUUCUCAGAGGCACAUACUAGUGUCCACAAGAGUGGUGUGCAAUGUCUAUCACUGCAGACAAUGCCCCUGUGCCUCCAUCAGCCCUUGCCUCUCACUGCCGUACAAACCAUGGCUGUUCUGUUACUGUCCUCUGGACCUACGUGUGCACACGAUCAUGCUGCGUUCAUUCCUUCAUGUCUGACAAAUUUUGCUCAGCUUAUCAUCUCAAAGAUGUAUGUAAUUGUUUACACUAUUGUUCUUACUGCAGACUAGUGAUCCACUGUGCACAUGCUGCAGGCUCCUGUCCAUUAGGAGCUAGGUCCAGUCUGGGAGUCCACCUUUGUCAGGUUCUGCAGAUUGUCAAGACUGGCUAGUCUUGGCUCAGGGUGGAAAGGGCAGAGCUGUGUGAAAGGGUGAAGAGCUAGUGUGGGGAGGAGAGUGCUCUGCAGUGUUUCUGUGGACUCUGAGUAUACUUCUAUGUCAGAUGUGAGAGCCUCAGUGUUCUAGAAGUGUAUGGAACCCCCCAAGGCUAGGGCUUACAUGAUUUGUCUUAACCCCUCUGGGCUGCAUAAUCGGGUUUGGACCCUUCCCAUGCUGAAUUAAGCUCUGUAACUAGUAGAUCUAAAGCGUCACUCAUAAGUACUUACAUGAGUGAGUCAUCAAUUAUAUACAUGGCUGUAGAGUGUGAGGUGAGCCAGCCAGUUACACACACUGAAGCUGUUGAAGCUGAACUCCAUAUAAUAAGUCUGAAAGCUUUAAAACUCUGGGCAAAUAACCAGUGCUUUCAGUGUGCCAGGUUGUGCCAAGAGUUUCUGGAUUUUACUUAGCAUUUGUUCAUGACCUAAUUCAAAAGGAAUGGAAGUCCUGUGUGCACUGCGAGUGUGAUGUCCUGUGUGUACUGUGAGUGUGAUGUCCUGUAUGCACUGUGAGUGUGAUGUCCUGUGUGCACUGUGAGUGGGAAGUCCUGUGUGCACUGUGAGUGUGAUGUCCUGUAUGCACUGUGAGUGUGAUGUCCUGUGUGCACUGUGAGUGGGAAGUCCUGUGUGCACUGUGAGUGUGAUGUCCUGUGUGCACUGCGAGUGUGAUGUCCUGUGUGCACUGAGUGUGAUGUCCUGUGUGCACUGUGAGUGUGAUGUCCUGUGUGCACUGAGUGUGAAGUCCUGUGUGCACUGUGAGUGUGAUGUCCUGUGUGCACUGUGAGUGUGAUGUCCUGUGUGCACUGUGAGUGGGAAGUCCUGUGUGCACUGUGAGUGUGAUGUCCUGUGUGCACUGUGAGUGGGAAGUCCUGUGUGCACUGUGAGUGUGAUGUCCUGUGUGCACUGUGAGUGGGAAGUCCUGUGUGCACUGUGAGUGUGAUGUCCUGUGUGCACUGUGAGUGUGAUGUCCUGUGUGCACUGUGAGUGUGAUGUCCUGUGUGCACUGUGAGUGGGAAGUCCUGUGUGCACUGAGUGGGAAGUCAUUGAAACUCAAGCUGAUAGUGAGUGUCUGAACCCGCCUCUGCCUGUGGUUGGCACCGAGGAUCUUACAACCCUGGGGACUUACUGCAGAUAGUGUAGGGCCCUGGGUGCCUGGGUUCCUAGAGUCCCUGUGGAUUUGCCUUUAGAACUUAAUUGCAGAGUAAUGCAGACCUAGCUGGUUUCCUGGGCUGAAGAUGCCGUCCAUAUUUUAUACCUUAUUCUACUUCGAGAACAGUCCCACAGAUCGUCUGCAUCUGGUUACACACAUAAUCAGUAAUGUGUGUGAGGUACUCGUGUGUGCCACACCAAAGGUGUCCUUCUGAACAGAGUAAGAUCGCUUUUCUGCCUUCACCAAGUCUUGAACUACUUGAAAGGUAAAUCAGAUAAACAGCUCCAGUAUUGUGGUAAAUCCCACCACAAAGGGGCACAUGGUACUGAGGAUGCCUCACACUGGUAGAGAGAGAGAAGAGGUCAUAGCCUUGCAGAUAGCAGGAACAGACAUGUAUAGAGCUGCAGCAUGGUAUGAGCCCAGCCCAGCACAACUGAGCAUCACUGGACUGUAGAGAGGAGUUGUAAGAGGAGAGGUGAACUGGGUCCAAGUCCUGAAGGGAACUGCAAACCAAGGCUUUCUGGGCUUUAUUCUGAAGAGUUGGUGUGUGUGUGUGUGUGUGUGUGUGUGUGUGUGUGUGUGUGUGUGUGUUCUCUGUCUUUCUGUUUCUGUGUGUGUGCAUGUGUGUGUAAGAUAAGAAUUGCACAAAAUACCAUUUUAGCCAUUUUGAGUGAAUGUUCAGUUAAGUAGCAUUAAAUACAUUCAUGUUACUGAACAAGCACUGUGGCUACCCAAGUCCAGAAGAUCCUCAUCUUCCCAUCCUGAACUCUGUACCCAUUAAGCACCAGCCUCACUAUCCCCUUCUCUCCUGCCCCUGACAGUCACCAUUGGACCUUCUCCCUCCAGGGAGUGUUGUACGUACUCAUAUAUGAGAGAUCACACAGCAUUGGUCUACUUGUGACUGGUUCCUUUCACUUACUCAACAGAGUCACUUUGUUUAUGCAUUCUUCUGUUCAUGGACACUUCCUUUUGACCAGUGUGGAGUGUGGGCGUACUGGAACCCCUGCUGUCAGUUGUGUGGGGUCUCUAACCACACCCGAGGUGGGAUUGCAGGGCCCCAUGCUGAUCUUUCCCAGUGCUUACACCAUUGGCAUUCCCACCAGCAGUGCAGAGUUCAGGGCUUUAUGUCCUUGCCAGCCAUGUUAUUUUACCUGUUUUGUUUUGAGAGGAGCCAUCUACUGGGUGCAGUAUCGCAGGUAAGAAUCAUAGUGUGCUUUACAGAGAACAGAUUGAAUUGGGCCUGGACUACGGGGAUAAGAAGACAGCAUUAGACAGGAUUGGUGGUGACUUGAAGUAGGAUUUAGAAAGAAGUCAGUUCUAGAGGGAGUAGAUUAUUGUCUCCAGUGAUUGAUUACAUUGGAGUGUAAUGGAUUUCUAUUUUCUGAGGGGAUAGGUAAAUGGUGAUACGAGUCACAGAGAUGCAGAAGAGAGGAAGGGCUCUGAGUAAGCGGCAGAGCCUGCAGUGUCCAGUGGCCUGGGAUUUGGCCGUCCAGACCUUUCAGGUUCCCGAGAAGUUAUGCUGCCCUGCUAGCCGACUGGCCUGUGGUGGUCCUGGGCUUGUGCACGCUGCUCAUCGUGGUCUGCGCCCUGGUGGGAGUCUUAGUGCCGGAGCUCCCCGACUUCUCUGACCCACUGCUGGGUUUUGAACCAAGAGGGACUGCAAUAGGACAGAGGCUGGUCACCUGGAAUAACAUGAUGAAAAACACAGGCUACAAAGCGACGUUGGCCAACUAUCCGUAUAAGUAUGCAGAAGAGCAAGCCAAAAGCCGCCGGGAUGACAGAUGGUCAGGCGAUCAUCAUGAGAGAGAGAGAAGAGAAGUAGACUGGAACUUCCAGAAGGACAGCUUCUUCUGCGACGUUCCAAGUGAUGGCUACUCCAGAGUGGUGUUUGCUUCAGCAGGAGGGGAGACCCUGUGGAAUUUACCUGCAAUUAAGUCAAUGUGUGAUGUGGAUAACUCCAGGAUCAGAUCCCACCCCCAGUUCAGCGACCUCUGCCAGAGGACCACCGCCGUCUCCUGCUGCCCCAGCUGGACCCUGGGGAAUUACAUCGCCAUUCUGAAUAACAGAUCGUCCUGUCAGAAGAUUGUCGAGCGAGAUGUCUCUCACACGCUGAAGCUGCUUCGGACCUGUGCCAAGCACUACCAGAACGGCACCCUGGGGCCAGACUGCUGGGACAAGGCGGCCAGAAGGAAGGACCAGCUCAAGUGCACCAACGUGCCACGCAAGUGUACCAAAUACAACGCCGUGUACCAGAUUCUCCACUACUUGGUAGACAAGGACUUCAUGACCUCCAAGACGGCUGACUACGCCGUGCCAGCUUUAAAGUACAGCAUGCUCUUCUCCCCCACGGAGAAAGGGGAGAGCAUGAUGAACAUCUACCUGGACAACUUUGAGAACUGGAACUCUUCGGACGGCAUCACCACCGUGACAGGGAUCGAGUUUGGCAUCAAGCACAGUCUGUUUCAGGAUUACCUCCUCAUGGAUACCGUGUACCCCGCCAUCGCCAUCGCCAUCGUCCUUCUCAUCAUGUGUGUCUACACCAAGUCCGUGUUCAUCACGCUCAUGACCAUGUUUGCCAUCAUCAGCUCCCUGAUCGUCUCCUACUUCCUUUACCGAGUCGUGUUUAACUUCGAGUUCUUCCCAUUCAUGAACCUCACUGCACUCAUCAUCCUGGUCGGGAUCGGCGCCGACGACGCCUUCGUCCUGUGCGACGUCUGGAACUACACCAAGUCCGACAAGCCCCGUGCAGAAACGUCUGAGGCGGUAAGCGUCACCUUGCAGCAUGCAGCCCUCUCCAUGUUUGUCACCAGCUUCACCACCGCCGCCGCCUUCUACGCUAACUACGUCAGUAACAUCACGGCAAUCAGGUGCUUCGGGGUGUAUGCGGGGACCGCUAUAUUGGUGAACUAUGUCCUGAUGGUUACCUGGCUUCCGGCUGUCAUUGUUCUGCAUGAGCGCUAUCUCCUCAAUAUAUUCACCUGCUUCAGAAAGCCCCAGCCGCAGGCCUACCACAAGAGCUGCUGGACAGUGCUCUGCCGGAAGGGCCGCAAGGCGCUUUUCGCCAUCUCAGAGGCAUCUCGGAUUUUCUUUGAAAAGGUGCUGCCCUGCAUCGUCAUCAAGUUCCGCUACCUUUGGCUCGUCUGGUUCCUUGCCCUGACUGUGGGCGGGGCCUACAUCGUGUGCAUAAACCCAAAGAUGAAACUGCCUUCCUUGGAGUUAUCUGAGUUCCAGGUGUUCAGGUCCUCUCAUCCUUUCGAGCGCUAUGAUGCGGAGUUCAAGAAGCUGUUCAUGUUCGAGCGGGUUCACCAUGGAGAGGAGCUCCACAUGCCCAUCACAGUAAUCUGGGGCGUGUCUCCAGAAGACAGCGGUGACCCUCUGAACCCCAAGAGCAAAGGGGAGCUGACACUCGAUAGCACGUUCAACAUUGCUAGCCCGGCCUCCCAGGCCUGGAUUUUACACUUCUGUCAGAAACUGAGGAACCAGACCUUCUUCCACCAGACUGAGCAGCAGGACUUCACCAGCUGUUUCAUCGAGACCUUCAAACAGUGGAUGGAGAACCAGGACUGUGACGAGCCGGCCCUGUACCCCUGCUGCAGCCACUGCAGCUUCCCCUAUAAGCAAGAGGUUUUCGAGCUGUGCAUCAAGAAGGCCAUCAUGGAGCUGGACAGGAGCACGGGGUACCACCUGAACAACAAGACCCCGGGGCCUAGGUUCGACAUCAACGACACCAUCAGGGCCGUGGUGCUGGAGUUCCAGAGCACCUUCCUCUUCACCUUGGCGUAUGAGAAGAUGCAGCAGUUCUACAAGGAGGUGGACUCAUGGAUUUCCCACGAGCUGAGUUCGGCCCCCGAGGGCCUCAGCCACGGCUGGUUCGUCAGCAACCUGGAGUUCUAUGACCUGCAGGACAGCCUUUCCGAUGGCACCCUCAUUGCCAUGGGGCUCUCGGUGGCCGUCGCGUUUAGUGUGAUGCUGCUGACCACAUGUAAUAUCAUCAUAAGCCUGUAUGCCAUCGCCUCCAUAGCUGGGACCAUAUUUGUCACAGUUGGGUCCCUUGUCCUGCUGGGCUGGGAGCUGAACGUGCUGGAGUCCGUCACCAUCUCGGUUGCAGUUGGCUUGUCGGUGGACUUUGCAGUCCACUACGGGGUGGCAUACCGCCUGGCCCCAGAUCCCGACCGAGAGGGCAAGGUCAUCUUCUCUCUGGGUCGUAUGGGCUCUGCGAUCGCCGUGGCUGCACUGACCACCUUCGUGGCGGGUGCCAUGAUGAUGCCCUCCACGGUCCUGGCUUACACGCAGCUGGGCACCUUCAUGAUGCUUGUCAUGUGCGUCAGCUGGGCCUUCGCCACCUUCUUCUUCCAGUGCCUGUGUCGGUGCCUGGGACCUCAAGGCACCUGUGGCCAGAUCCCUUUACCCAAAAAGCUCCAGUGUAGUGCCUUUUCCCACACCUCGGCUGCGAGGCCUGGGGGCAGGGCACCAGGCAAAGCCACCAACGCUUACAGUGUAGAUGCCAGGGGCCAGAAAUCCGAACUGGAACAUGAGUUGUAUGAGUUACAGCCCCUGGGCUCUCACAGCUGCACUUCCUCAGACAUGACCGCUUAUGAAGGGCCAUGCAUCUGCUCCGAAUUUUUCAAUGGCCAAGCAAAGAAUUUAAGGAUGCCCAUGUCUGCAGCCUACAGCAGCGAACUCACCAAAAGCCCCAGAAGUGAGCCAGGCUCGGCCUUGUUGCAGCCCUGUCUGGAGCAGGACACCAUGUGUCACUUCUCUCUCAAUCCGAGAUGUAACUGCCCCAAUGCCUACACCCACCGAAAGUAUGGAUUGCCAGAAAUCCACUGCCAGCAGAUGGGUGACUCCUUAUGCCACAAGUGUGCCUCCACCGCAGGCAGCUUUGUCCAGAUUCAGAAUGCUGCGGCGCCUCUAAAGGCCACCCACCACGCCGCCGAAGGCCUUCUGCAUCCUGUCCAGCACAUGCUGCCACCAGGGAUGCAGAAUUCUCAGUCUAGGAAUUUUUUUCUCCACCCAGUCCAGCACUUUCAGGCCCAAGAGAGCCUGGGUCCCACCAGCACCCGGGGUCGUGAGAACACAGAUGAGCGUCCGCCCCGGACAGCAGAGCCACCACCAGCAGGAGCCAGCAGGAGCUCUGAGUCUUUCCAAAGAGCUUGCUGCAAUCCUGAGAAUAACCAAAGGAGACUCUGCAAAAGCAGAGACUCGGGGGACACAGAGGGCAGUGGAGGGACAGAAACCAAGGUUUGUGGUUUAGCAAACCAGACUGACAAGGUAGAGAAGGAAGUGAAGCCCAGCCUGCUGCAGACAGAUGAAAUCGUGAACUCAGAACAGUUAAAUCAUGAUGAACCAAAACUUAUAUUCAGCCAUUUAAUACGGGAGGCCGGCUGCAGGCCCUGCCCAGACAGGCCGCAGGGCUGUAGAAGCCUGAGACUGAAGUGCGGGUCCACGGACUGCCAGGCGCCAGACCUUGAAGCCAAUGUGCCUGCUGUACCAACCCACUCAGACCUGUCUGUGUCUGGCGAAAGCCUGUUAAUAAAAACACUACAAUAAAUGUAGCGUUGCGUCCAGAA